AUGAAGUUCAUGCUGCUUUGUGCUGUUUUGGCAGUGAUUGCUGUGGCGAUGGCAGCAGACUCAGCACCAUCUGCCCGUGAUUACUUGGCCGCUUCUCUCUUGCAAGAGAAUGCCGCUCCACCUGUCACCAACUCAUCUAGACCUCGCAGACCAAUCACCGUUGGUAUCAUCGGUGCCGGUAUGGCGGGACUCUACGCCGGAAUGAUCUUCAAGGAGUUGGGCAUCGACUUUGAGAUCAUGGAAGCCUCCAACCGUGUUGGUGGCCGUGUCAUGACUCACCACUUCACCGACAGCGACUACGACUACGUCGACCUGGGCGCCAUGCGUUUCCCAAGGACCCCCGUCAUGGACCGUGUCGUAGGCUCCCAGAGCUGGUCUCUCAUCAACAAGCUUCGCGCAUUCGGCCAUCCCGUCUCCACCAAGCCAUACUACCUCAACGUCAAGAACAACCCAGUCUACUACAACGGUAUCCACAUCUACUCUGAGGACGGACUUGCCAACGACCCACUUCACUUUGGUGACAAGUACAACGGAGGCAACGGCACCGGUGUUCCCGACUGUUACGCAGCCAAGACUCCAGCAUACUGGGUUGGCAAGGCCAUCGGCAAGUUCAUUGGUGCCAUGAUGAGCAACUUUGACCAAGGCUACCAGAUGUUGCUCCAAAACGACUGUCACUCUGUCCGCCACUACAUGGCCAACAUCCUCAAGGAUGCGGAGUGCCAGAUUAACGGCACCGUCGGAGGCUACCCCCAAGCACACAUUACCUACGUCGAGAACAUGUUGGUCGGUGCCGGUUGGUUCGACUUCAAGUCCAUCACCGAGGCCGUGCUCAACUUUAUCGACUUCACCGCCGCCGAGUACUUCCACAUUGAGGGAGGCACGCACUCAUUCCCAGAGGCCAUCAUGGAGGUCAUUGGCCACCGCGCCGUCCAGGCCCGCAAGAGAGUCACCAAGAUCGCCCCAGGCACACCCAAGCCAUCGGGUCGUCCAACCGUCCAACUCGAGAUUAAGGGUGAGCGUCGCCCACGUCAGUAUGACCACGUCAUCAACACUGCCGCCCUCGGUAUGUUGGAGCGCAUGGACACCAAGCAAUGCCGUCUUUCCCUUAUCAAGAGAGAGGCCAUCCGCGCACUGCACUAUGAGAGCUCGCUCAAGAUUGCUAUGAGCUUCAGGACUCGUUGGUGGGAGGACCCCAUCAUCAUGAAGGGCCGCCCAAUCUACGGAGGCUCGUCAUCCACAGAUCUGCCAAUCCGCUCUGUCAACUACCCAUCGUAUGGUAUCAACGCUACCUACUCGUAUGCCAACGGUCUGCUCGUCGGCUACACCUCAGGUCAAGAGGCUGUCCGUCUGGGAUCGCUCGUCGACGACGAGAAGCAGUUGGAGGCACUCUUGCUCCAGAACCUCGCCGAGUUGCAUCAGGUCGAUGUCGACUUCCUCGAGAGCCAACUUAUCACCUGGAAGCUCUGGGACUGGUCCGACUACCAGUACCAGACCGGUUCAUUCGCCGGAUUCUCUGCCUGCCAGUUCUCCAUGUACUUUGCCGAGAUGACCAAGUCCGAGCUCAACGGCACACUCCACUUUGCCGGUGAGGCCACCAGUGUUCACCACGCAUGGAUCCUCGGAGCACUCAACUCUGCCUACCGUACCGUCGAUCAGGUACUGUACACCGAGGGAUGGAACGAUCUCCGUCAGAAGCUCAGAAACAGCUGGGGCACCGUCAACGAGUGGCAGAGUGAGGGACUCCCACCCUUCACUCCAAACACAAUGAGCAACCCAUCUGCUCUCCAAAGCAGUGCACCAGUGAUCGAUAUCAACACUGUUUAA